ACUUAACAGGCCUCUGAUAUGAUUCAUGAUAAUAUUUCCAUCCUGUUAGAAAGUGAAAGAACAACUCAGCCUGAGCAGAGGAAGUAUUUCUGUUCCUAGAAAAAGGACAGCAGAACAGCUUGCAGGCUGUGGAAGAACUUGUUGCAGAACUUUUGAAGAAAAGUUGACAUCUCAUCAUCCCUGAGAACACUCUCCCACAGCUGUCCCCCUCAAUCUCACCGGCAUAUAUUGCUUCACAUGUCUGUAAUGGCCAGCUCCACAGCACAAGCACCUAGCGUAGACUCUACUGAAAGUAAAUCUGACACAUCACCCAUAUCUAUUCAGGGACCAUACUUUGAAGCCAUAGUUGGAGUUGUCAUUGCUGUGGUGGUUCUGGUCCUGCUCCUCCUCCUGGCCGUCAUUCUGCGAUACAUGUACAAGCACAAGGGCACAUAUCAUACCAAUGAAGCCAAGGGCACAGAGUUCGCAGAGACAGCAGACGCUGCUCUGCGUGGAGACCCUGCCCUGCAGGACGCCAUGGACGAGAGCAAGAAAGAGUAUUUCAUAUGAGACACAAUAGCUGGCCCUUUAUACACGUCAUAUAAUAAACUCCUACAGGCUCACAUGAUGCCUCAAUCCUGUUUGCUGGAGCAGUGAAGUAACUGACUGAGCUCCCCGCAAACAGAAACUAACAAGAAGAGUAUUCAGAAAUUCCUCUAUAUUUUAAUAUCUGAGAUCGUUUAUAUUUAUUUGUUCCUGAAAAAAGAGAUAAAAUUGAGUAUACAUGAAAGAAUAUGCUGCACUCCUUGUAAAGCUGAGUGUCUGAACAAACAUCAGCUCAGGAGAAUGAGAUGAUAUUCAGUUGAAGGGAAGGAAAGUCUUUGAUCUUAUUAGACAGGAUAUGAAUGUGAAUGACAGGUGAUAUUUCAGGACAUUUAAAUAUACAAUUUAAAGAACACUGUAAAACAAAAACAAGAAUGUGAAAUUAAUUGGUCUCAUAUCUAUAUUCUGUAUACUGUAUAUGACAUAAGAAUCAGGAAUCAGAUUCUUCUUUCUUAAGAAAGAAGUUAAAUUCGAAGAAGUUUGUUCAUUUUCUUAAGAGCAUCUUAUUUUUUAAAGAUAAAAUAGCUCUGGUUUUGUCUGAAUGCAGUUCUUGCUAAAGACUCGCUGAUCAACUCAAUGUAAAACACCUCAAAAGCAUCUUUUUGCUCUGCCUGAAAAUUACCGUAAUGAUCGUAAUAAACAUGUACACUAUUUUCUUCCUGACUGGUUUUACAGGAGUUCAGUACUCAGUGUCACAUUUUUAAUGCGCCAUGUAUUUUAAAUAGUUACUGAGACUGUCUAAAAAAUUGCACUCCAUCUUUCUUGCACUAGAACAUAUAACUCAUUCAGCAAGAACAUUCACAUAUUGAAACAGGAAGGGAAAUAAUCCAAUAGGAAAAACAGUGGGAGAAAAGCCAUUGGGUUAUUAGAGGCAGAAAUAUGUCUUAUCCUUAUUAUUUACAUACACUCUCAGAAAAAAAGGUAAAAAAGCUGUCCC